GCAGGGAAAGCCUGAUAUUUUCGUCGCCGGGUAACGUUGCUUUCUAUUUGGACAACACUCCUGAGAGCGGUAUCCACAAAAAAUACAUAAAACCAUGCUCAAAUUAUGCAUGUAACUCUUUAAAUGGAAUAGAGCUGGAGUUGCGAGUGGUAGUUGACCGGAUUUGGGUCCUUCCUGAAGGGAGUCGCAGCCUGCAGGGCGCCAGGCGACAGCGUUGCGCUUUUGGGAAGAGGUCGGAGCCCGGAGCAAAAAGUCUCCGUGUCAGGACAGCGAAUUACUCUGACCUGUGUUGAUGAUGGCCGCUACAAUUGUACAUGAUACCUCAGAGGCUGUGGAGUUGUUUGCCCCACAAGGACUGUACCUGAAGCCGAUCGCUAAGCUGACCAUUAGUGUCUCACUUCCUCAGCUGAAACAGCCUGGGAAAUCCAUAUCAAACUGGGAGGUGAUGGAGAGACUCAAGUGCAUGGUUCAUCCUGAGCAGUUCGCCACGCUCCGCGUGUCCAAGAGCACAAUGGAUUUUGUUCGCUUUGAAGGGGAAGUUGAAAACAAGAACAUGGUGAAAAAUUUUCUGUCUAAGCUGGAUGCCAAAACUAUUAAACUCAGUGGCUUCACGGACACUUUAAAGGUACGAGCAGCUGAGGUAAAAAUAGACUUUCCAACCCGUCACGACUGGGACUCCUUCUUCCGUGAUGCCAAAGACGUAAAUGAGACUUUACCAGGGGAGAGGCCAGAUACCAUCCAUUUGGAAGGAUUGCCGUGCAAAUGGUUUGCAGUGAAGAACUCUAGCUCAGAAAAGCCCAGUGACUUUAUUCUGCGCAAGGUGUUUGAAACCUUUGGCAAGAUUCGCAAUGUGGACAUCCCAAUGUUGGACCCUUACAGGGAGGAAAUGACAGGGAAGAAUUUCCACACCUUCAGCUUUGGUGGCCAUUUGAACUUUGAAGCCUAUAUCCAAUAUCAGGAAUACAUAGGGUUUGUAAAAGCAAUGGAUGCCCUGAGGGGAAUGAAACUAUUGUACAAAGGUGAUGAUGCAAAGGCAGUAGCCUGUAGCAUAAAGGUGACAUUUGACACGACAAAGCACCUAAGCGACUCGUCAAUCAGGAGGAGACAGAUGGAGCGACAGAAGCUGCAGGAGCUGGAACUACAGCGAGAAGAGCAGAAGCGGCGUGAGAAAGAGGAGGAAGAGCGACGAAAAGAUGAAGAAAGGAAACAGAGAGAGUUUGAAGAGCAGGAGAGAGAAAAGAAGAGAGAGGAAAAGGUCAGAAAGAGGGAGCAAAAGCAGAAGGAGCGGGAGGAGCGGCGGAAUGUGCGUAAGCUGCAGCGGGAGGAGCAGAAGAAACUGCAGGAGAAAAUAGCUCUGGAGGAAAGAAAACUCCUGUUGGCACAGAGGAACCUGCAGUCUAUCCGCCUUAUUGUAGAGCUACUCAGCAGAGCCAAGGUUGGUAAACAGCAAGAACUGGAGGCACGUCAAGUGGAAGCUGCCCGCCUCCAGCGGUUGGAAGAAAAGCGGCGGCAGCAAGAGGCUGAGCUCAGGCGGGUCGAGGAGGAGAAAGAACGCGUCGUGGAGCUUCAGCAGAAGGAGAAGGAGCUGAGAGAGAAACUACUGGAAAACCUCAAGCGGAAGGAGAGUGAAAAUCAGCAGAAGGAGGUGUCAAAGCCCAGCCAAGCAGGCCAAGUAACUCACAAGAAGUCUAUAGUUAGUGUAUCCCCCGUAUUGGCAGCUGCUAUUGCUACACCUGCUCAGGCUGGUACCAGUCGGACUGUAAGCCAUGAUGCAGUCGUGCAUAGCAAGAGUGUGCUGCUCGAUAAGGAUGUAAAUGGGCACACUGAUGCGGCUGAAAGGUAUGUCAAUAAUUUGGAUCAGGCCCAACCUCAAAGGAAUACAAUUUCUGCCGAUCGCCGAAGUGGUGACAAGUGUGCGCAGAACGAGCAGUGUGCCGCCGCGGUGGCUAAUAGUCAAGGACUUUCUUCACAAGAAUGCUGUGGUAAAAAGAGUAGAUAUCAGAAUGGCCCCAGCCACAAGGAGAGAGAGCAGCAAAGCGACUCUAUCAGUGCUGAAACCCGCCAGUUUCAAAAGGACCCUAACAAAGGAGGCAACUCCCGCAAGAGCAGCAGCAGUAGCAGCGAGCAUAGCAGGAACUGGAGGGACUCGAGCAGUGACAGUAGCUGCCGCCAUCGUGAAUGGAGUCGGCACCAGUCCCGCUCGAGGAAGGACAGUGGCCGGCAUGGCAGGGAGCAGGGCCGCAGUCGUCGUGACUCCAGCCGUGAGCGGAAGCGGUAUAAGAGCAGGGAGCGGGCCAGUGGCUGGCGGGCUGCCAGCCGGGAGAGGAACCCGAGCGGGGAGCAGGGGCGCUGGCGACCCAGCUCGAGCAGGGAGCGGGCCCGUCACCGGAAAAGCACGAGCAGGGAGCGCAGCCGGCACCGCAGAGACUCCAGCAGGGAGCGCAGCCACCAUCGGAGGUAGUCAGGCCAGCCACAGGAUAACAGCAGAGGGCAACAGGCUCAGCAAUUCAGAGGUUCAGAUGAACCAUGGACAAAUUAGUUUGCAAACAUUGUAUGGUAAAAUUGUUGUGUGAGAUAAAACUAAACCAUAAAGACAAGUGCCACUUGGAUUGAUAGUUUGCAUUGAAGAAGCCUUCUUUGUUUUGGUAGGAGGGGCCAAAAUUGGAAAAACAUACAAUCAAAGGUUCAGCAAAUUGUAAUCUAACAUGGGAUAACACUGUACUUCACAGAAGCUGGCUACAAUUACAAGAUUGACAUUUCAAUCAUUUGGCAUUUACAAUAUGAAAUCUCCCUGGUAGAAAUUCCAAUCUUAUAGUAUAAAUCUGAUGACCUUUCAAGUUUUAUUUGCAAAUUAUUACUGUCAGAGAGUGUACAUAGUGGCUGUGUUGUGGCAAGCAGGUGGAUAAGGCAUUUAUUCUCUGGUGAAUUUUAAUUAGUGCUGUAUAUAAGAAUGUUUUGUAAUCUCUUGUAUACUGCUGUACAUGCUGUAUUCUAAUUAUUCCACAUCUUAAAACACAGUUCCUUAUUGUUAAUUAAACACUUAAUUUAUAUAAGUAGCAACCAGAAAAAUUAAUGGCAAACUUGUUUUAAAGGGGCACCUAAAAUUGUUGUCAGGAUGUCUUUCAGUAUUUCUCAUGCAUAUUGUAGGUUUUAGAAAUGUUACCACUUAAAUCUUAGUUCCUGCCUUCCAUUAACGGACAUUGUUACUAAUUGUAAAGGUGAUAGUAUGGCCACAAUCACAGUUGCAACUCUGACAAUUGGUGUAAGAAACAACAUUGUGAAGUACAAUUAUAAGAAGCUGCAAGGGAGAGCAAUCGGCAUCAAGAACCACUAUGGGUCAAAGCCCAUUUUAAUGACCCAUAACAUAACAGGUGAAACAGGAUUUUGUACCAGCAGGUUUCUGACCUAUUAUCUGAUUCAUUGUACAGCAAUUGCUGAGAAGGGAAAGUGGUGGGCCAUUUAUGAAUGGCAACGCUUCAUCAUGAAUCCAUUGUGCAUCUGAUUCAUGUGGUGUCUAGAAAGCAUCAUAUGAUCUCCAUUGUAUCUUUUCAAUGUAAAGAAAUUUGAACCAGAGGGCAUCAGACUCAACGAUUCAGAGGUUUACGCGAACCAUGGGCAAAUGUACAAUACUGUGCAAAACUCUUAAGCACAUGUAUAUAGCUAGGGUGGGCAGAAGGGACAACUUGGGUGGGAAAAGUACAUCUUCUUCCCCUGCCAUUUCCUCUCCCAUCAGCAAUUGCAUUGAUCUUGCUGGAAGAUUUCCUUAAUGAUACAAGUGUGCUCACUUUGGUUGUUCUACUCUUUUUCCUUUAUUUUGCUGCAGUCAGUGGGAAAAAAAGAUUGAAAACUGCAGCAAACAUAGGUCAAAACCAGUUCUGAAUCACACUUGCCAAAGGUGUGUCUCGAAACAACAAAAAACCUUUGAAAUUCCUAAUUUUGCUCUAUCAAACUCAAUGAUAUUAAACGCAGAAAGAUCCAUAUUAGAACUAGAGCUUAAGAAGCUAUAAAUAGUUCUCUGGGUAGAAAUAAAGGGAAAAAAAUAGGGUGUCCAAAAGAAGUUUUGUCUGGUUCCUGAAUAACAAUAACACAAUGAGAGCUUUACUUAUGAUUGUAUUUAGGAUUACACUUUAAAACAAAGUUAUUUCAGUAAUUUGAUAGCAGAAUAAAGAGCAUUGUGCUCUGAGACUUUAAUUUUAAAAAGAAAAAGCCCAAUCCUUUGUUUUUAUCUUGAAUGUUGAGCUUGUUAAAUGCUGUAAUGCAUCAUUUUGUUUUCAGUGGUGUGCAUUUCCUGUUCUGUAUAAAAUUCCUCAUUGAGAGUUGUGUAAUAAAUGCUGUUUCUGUUUCCAAUUGUCUCUUUCCUAUCAUUUGCUAAAUCUUCAACGUUUGCUUUUAUUCCCACCAAAUUUCUAAAAAAAAAUUGCCCUAUAUUUAUUUGUUCUAUCAACUGUCAAUCAUUUGCAUCAUUUAGUAAAAAGUUUUUUGAAAUGCC